AUGCCACCCCGACGCCGCGCACCACCCACCACCAGCACCCCGAAACCCACCCCCAAAAGCAACACCCCCCGCCCCUCCAAACUCGCCAAAGAACACAACCUCACCGCGCUCGAAGAAUCCGAGAUCCACGAAGCCUUCAGCCUCUUCGCGGAGCCCUUGGACGGCGAACCGCAGGGCGUGAUGCCCAUCAGCGACGUGCGGCGCGCGCUGAUCGCCCUCGGCAUCCCGCCGUCGUCGCCCGCCCAGCUCGCCGACCUGACCGCGGCGCUGGACCCGGACGAGGAAGGGUUCGCGACGUACGAGGCGUUUGUGGGCGUCUGCGCGCUGCAGAUGCAGGUGAGGAGGUUUGAGGAGGAGGAGGAAGGGGGGGAGGGGCAUAGGGCCGAGUUGGAUGAGGCGUAUGGGUUGUUUACGGGGAGGGGGGGGGAUGGGGAGGGCGGGGAGGCGGAGGUGAUUACCUUGGGGGAUUUGAGGAGGGUGGCGGCCGUUGUUGAGGUUGGAUGCUAA